UCUCUGAGGGUGCAUGAGCGCUUCCAUGGAGUCCCCAUCCCGGCUCAGCGCCGCACCCCCCGCGCUGUGCUCCGUCGGCAGCCGCCCGUUCUCAAAAGCAGAAGUGUCUGUUCCAUACGGACGUAUGGAACAGACAAAUCACGGCGGGGCUCGCCGUCCCGAAAGCAGAAACGCCGCGUCCCGCCGCGAUUGCCUCACUGGGACAGGGAGUCCCUCAGGGAGCAGCUCGGCAGACGCCGAGCAAAGCCGAGGGCCGGGCGGGGGCAGCGAGCGCUGCGGGGCGCGGGCGGCGGGGGGGAGAGCGCCGCUGGCCCCCGGGCAGAAGAACAGCGCCUGCGGCUCAGCAAAGGUCGCUGGUGCUCCAAAUCCACUGGCUGAUGUGCUUCCUCAAGUCCUGCAAGAAAAGCUCAUGUCCUGGACACCAGCGGACUGCACACUGGACACUUCAGGUGCCUCUGAAGCAAAGCUGAGGGGACAGUAUGAAUCAGGAAUAGCAGGGCCAGCUGCAGGUACAGGCAGUGUAGGCAGGUUGCCUAUGGAUGCAGAUGUUCAGGGCGGCACAAUGGUCCCAAUAAAGAGCAGCCAAGUUCUACUCUUUCUUCUGCCAAGGCCUUUCUCCUGUGAAGAGGAAUACCAUGACUCUGAGCUGUUCAUACCAUGUGAAUAACUGAUUUCUACCUUCUGACAGCAAACUCUCUCAGCCUGAGUAAUUUACACUUUUAUACUGUAAGGAUGUAUGUGUUAUAUGGUAUGUGUGCAUGCUUUAGACUCACUCUCAGAGUGAGUAUGCACCAGCUGCAGUAGCAAACCUGACUCUUCUCACUCGGUCCUAUCUCUGCCCCGUCCCUUCAUGGGAGCAGCUGAGCCCUGGCAGCAGUGUGGGAGAUGUAAAUGAUGAAUUAUUUACUGCUUGAGAGGUAAGGGCUGUGGGCAAGGAGAGGCACAAUCUCCUGAAACUAGAGACUGGAAGGCUGGGAUCCAGAUGAAGUAGGCCUCUUAGUUCUACUCCUAGUCAUUCAAAACCCCACUGAAUCUUCUCAGUUGGUUUCAACAGUGGAUCUCCCUACACCUCCCUCUUCUCUUUCCUCCAUGCUCUUCUUCACGCACAUCCACCUUCCACCACCUCCAUGUUCUAUUGUAUACAGACUCUACUACUGCUGCAUAAUUCAAAUUUUCCUGUCAGUGGAGGUGCCUUGAGUCAGCUCCAGUAACCAACCACUUAAAAUUUUCCAGUCUAUUAAGCAGAUCACAUCAAGUUGUAUGCUCACUUCAAAAAUGGAAGAAAAACUCCAAAUAAAGAAAAAAAUAAUCUAAAGAUAUACCUCUGGUAAAUGAAAUUCAGUCACAUACAGGAUGGAUGGCAUCCCUGUGUAACAUGGCUCAGCCCUGCUUCUGUGCCAUUCGUCAGCUGUGCCUCCGCCUCCAAUCCCACAGAGCAGGAGUGAUGAGGGAGCUGGCAGAGGAGCUCACUGAGCUCUCUCCAUCACUUAUCACCAGUCCUAGCUAACUGUGGAGGUUCCAGAUGACUGGAAGUUGGCCAGUGUGAUGCCCAUCCAUAAGAAAGGCUGGAAGAAGGAUCUGGGAAACUACA